AUGGGCCGGUUGCUACACACAUUAAAGACUACAAUCACGGCGUCACAAAGCAUGAACCUUUUCACUGCAAGGAAGGAUCCCAAGAGAUCAUGGCCUGCACACUACCUGCAUAUGGUUGCUGUAUGCGAUGCCUGCGGGGGAGGUGCAGAAGAAAAAGUUCUCGACAACACUGUCCACUACGCGUCGGCUGAUCUUACAACAGUUUUGAUGGCCAAGUACAACAAUGACCGACGCGAUCAUUUGCGCCAAGCUGAAGAGCUUGCGCAUUUUGCACAGUCUGUUGAGCUCGAGAACAAGACCGGAAGGACGUUGGGACGCGAGUUAGUCGCCGCUGUCACUGAUUAA